AUGUUAGUGCAUACUAGUGAUCUGUGGUUAGUGCUAUUUGAAAAGGAGGUACCUAUUUCUGAAGUUCUGAACAUUACUUUAAAAUGAGUAAGGACAAACAUAACCACGAAGUGUCUCCUAAACGCCGACGAUUAAAUACUAAAGAUGUGUCAGCGUCAAAAGAGUCAAUACCAGAAGUUAAAUCUGAAAACAUUAACCGGAAAAUAAAUCCUAAACAUAACCCAAAAUUUAGAUUGAAAACUGUAGGAGAAAACGCUUCAUUGAAUACUGACACAGAAGCAAGGGUCCCGCUUACCCUUACAGACAUUCAACAUCUGUUACUGCAUUCCCUUCUAGGCAACCUCAAUGUAUCCCAGGCUCCUCGCUGGUAUGUGCUUGAUAAAUGUAAUCACAUUAGCCAAACUACGUGCUUAAUUCUUGAAGGUGUAUCUGUUAAUGAUUGGCUAACUGGCAAAGAAAAUGCCAGCAACAUAGACAAAAUAUUUGAAGAUGUUGUUGAGGUUAUAACACCAUCACUCUACAAUGGUUCCCUUGUUAGGGAACUCGCUUUAGUUCCCUUGUCAGAAACAGAGAAGGAGAGUAUAAUCCACAAAUAUGGCAGCAUGAACUUAGCACUAGAAGCAAGAAAAGAUUUGAUGAUUAUGAUGAGGGCUGUUUUUCCCAUUGCUGAUUCAAAUUCUUGUCCAUUGGAAUUUGAUUCCAAAGAAAAGUUUCCCAGAACACAGCUUAUAUUGUCUGCGUGGCAAUUGAUUCAAGAAAAUUAUCCUGUACCCCUAAAAGGCAAGCUAAAAACCAUAUACUCCGAUUAUGUUUUUUCUAAGGAUCAAUACGCUCCCGUCACUUCAAAAUCACCAAUGUUUGGUCUAGAUUGUGAAAUGUGUGUUACAAGUGCAGGAUCUGAACUAACUAGAAUAUCAAUUGUUAAUGAAAAAUAUGAAACAAUUUAUGAAUCAUAUGUAAAACCAUACAACAAUAUUGUAGAUUAUGUUACACGUUUUUCUGGCAUAACAAAAUCAAUACUAGAUGAUGUAACAAAGAGACUUGAAGAUGUCCAGAAAGACUUAAAAGAGCUACUUCCACCUGAUGCUAUUCUUGUGGGACAAUCGUUGAAUUCAGAUCUUCAUGCCUUAAAAAUGAUGCAUCCCUAUGUCAUAGAUACUAGCUUAAUCUACAAUUUUACAGGUGAGAGAACUCGUAAACCUAAACUUAAAGUAUUGGCUAGAGAAUUUCUAAAUCAAGAUAUUCAAUCAAAUAAAAACGGCCACUGUUCUGUUGAAGACUCCAUUGCUGCACUAAAAUUAGUUCAAUUAAAACUGACCAAAAGCAUUCAAUUUGGAGAUGCCGUCCACACUAAUAGACAGGGAUACAAGGAUAAUGUUGUAAAAAUGUUAACCAAGAAAGAAUAUGCACUCUCAAUAUUCAAUCAUAUUAUAGAAGAAAAGAAGACUUCUUUGGUUGUUGGCUGUGAUGACAUAACUGGCGAUUAUCAUACAUUUCUUAUGCAGGCUAAAGAGAGCUUUACUAUGCAGUUAAAGAAAGUUAAGCCAAAAAAAGUUAAACUAAACACAUGUGAUGGAGUAGAAGAAGUCAUAGCCACCGCUGCCGAGGCGACAAAUAAUUAUAAUUUAGUGAUGGCACAUCUGAAAGUGAAUAUGGACGAUAAGCUGCCACAACUUUCAAGUAUUGAUGGUUGGAUCAAAUCUAUAUGGGAUAGUCUUCCUAAAUCAGCCCUUUUCGUAGUAAUUUUUAGUGGAACAACUACAGAUAAUGGAAUUGCAAUGGCAAAAGUGAAAAACACUUUAUAAUAUUUGUAAUAAAUAUAUAUUAAAUAUA